AUAAUCUACAUCACAAAUUGAAAAUUUGACAAGUUGUCCAUUUUGCCUCUUUAGAUUUUUGUUAAAAAGUUUUGUCCAAUGAAAAGAGUCAUAAGUACUUAGCUGUUGAAUUAUUUGUGUGCCCCUCUUAGCCAGCAUAUCUGUCUGUUCGUAGUCAUAAAUAUCACAGUGCCCUGGAAUCCAUGGGAGUGUUUUUUGCUGUCCUCAUAUCCUCUAACUCUACUAAAGAGCCCGACAAUCUAGGAUAUUCUUAGAGAUCAGUUUUUCUUUAUAAACGACAGCUUUGGAGUCAGGCAGAAUAACCAUCGUAUUGUAAAGGCGUCUAGAGACAAGCCAUGCUACAUUGAUAGCCAUUACUUCAUCAAAGGCGGCGUUUUGUUUUUCGACUGGAACAUUAAAGGAAAAGAUAGUAGAAUAUCUACAGAAUAUCUACUGAAUCUAGUAGAUAGUAGAAUAUAUCCUUGUUCCAACAAUUGGUGAGAAUUCAGACAAAGAGCCAUCGGUAUAGACGUGUAAUGAUUUAGCUUCCUGAUUAAGCUUUCUAUUCCGCUUUCCACAGUAGUGAUUCGUUAGAUUUAAAUUGUGUUUUUCCCUCCCACUUAAAUAAGAAUUGCACUUUUUUGAUGUGUAAUUGUUAUGCAUUCACUAUUUUAAACAUAAAAAUCAGUAACUGUUUAAUUCUUUCAUCGCGACGGACGAGAUAACUCGUCUUCCGUGAAUAUUCGCUGUGCUCUAGUGUUGUAUUAGUGAAUAAGGACAUUGAUUUACAAUUGAUUAAUAUUUUUUAAAGUAAAAUAAACAAGUUUUAUGGGAAUUUGUGUUUUAUUUCCAUUUUAGAACUGCGGGGGAACUCUAAGCGAAGAGAAUAGGACAAUUGUCCCAUUUAAAUGCACGUCAUUGCUGCUAUGGAAGUGUUAAGCGACAUGCCGCACUGUUCCGUCUUAUUGUAUAAGUCAACUAGUCGACAGUAAAAUAAUGUAAUUUCUUUUUAUUUCUUGUAGAAUUCGGAAGAAGCCAUUCUGUAAUAGCUUUCCCGAAUUAUGUUCUCCAAAAAACUUUAAAGAAUUCUGCUCGCUGAAUUAUCAAUUUUGUAGUGACAUUCCCGACGAAGAAUCCAGUGAAAAAAUGCCCACUAUCACUCCAGAAGAAUUACCAAAUAACAGAAGCGACGUCCGAAAUUUCUAUCGAAGACUUGGUGUUCCAGAACAUCUGUUCAUAGAUAGAGUUUAUUUUGGAAAAGAGGAACUAAGCCCCCAACAAGUGUCCGUGUUUAAUUUUCAGCACCUACCAACGAACUGUUUCGCCUUUAACACUCUCUGGGAAAAUAGCUCUGCUGUUUUAAGAACUGUUAAUGAAAGGGAUUUUUUUGAAAUUAGCGUUAGUAUAACAGAUGACAACUUUUACACGGCGACUCCACUGGCAAUUCAAAUGGCAGUGCAUUCCCCGUUCAUGAAAGUGGAUCCAUUUACCACUGGUUUUUCCAUUCAACCAUGCUCUACUUACAACAUGUAUCUAAAAAAAACUGUAAAAUAUCUUUUGCCGGCACCUUACAGAACAAACUGCACUGAUUAUGAAAGCUUAUGGAGAGAUCGUGGUGGAAUUGGGCCUCUUAAUCAAAAGAUGUGCAUAGACGAGUGUGUUUUGAACAAAUCCAUUACAAAGUAUGGAUGUUUCAAUCCAGUAUAUGUGUCAUACCCUACUGAAAACGAACUUUUCUGCUUCAAAGAGCCUUAUGAUGAUUUUUAUUCACUGUGUUUAGAAAACUGUCAACAAGCCUGUUAUGAAGAAGAUAUUGAAAUUAAAGUCGAAGAAUAUGUAUAUUCCUCCACAGAAGUGGGAUCAAAGAGGAAAAAUUGUGUUACAAGAAUAAAAUUGUUGUUUGUUCGAAUGGAACUGAUGACUUUUACUUACAGUAAAAAAUAUCAGGAAGUGGAAGCUUUUGGCUAUAUUGGAGGCCUGCUUGGAGUGUGGCUGGGAUUGUCUUUGGUAGCUGUUUUCGAUUUUUUAGAAACAUGCUUCAUGAUUUUCCUUUUCAUUGUGAAGAAAUUGAUGAAGAAAGAAAAUAACAAAAAUGGAAAACUCACUUACUUGGAUGGGUUUAAGCGUCAAGUCAUGAUCGUGAAGUAGAACACAAAAA